GAGUUCCCCACAUACAUUUUUUUUUCGCAUGCGAAACUCUACAUGCAGUAAACAGAUUAGUGUCUUACUGUAUAAGGUUUAGUUUUAAGCUCCCUACACAGGGUGCUUCAACGACGAGUGACGCCUUUCUUCGAAUAUGCCCUAAAAAAAAAAAAAAAAAAAAAAAAAACCUGGUACCACCAGAUAUCCAGUGGGCAAACUGAGGUCCUGUCACAACCAACAGGACACGCUUUAAGCAAAGCGGUAGAAGAGAAAAUUGGGCUAAUUUAUGAGGCUUUUUCUAAACCGUGCGUUGAUAGAAGAUAUAGGCUGCAUUUAACCACGGUGUGCUGCUAUAAUACGAAGAAGUCGAGCUUCCCCAAGGAAUACUUUCAUAGAAGUCAAGGAUCUACAAAUCUGAAUCGCACUCUUGGAAAAGGGACUGUAUGAUGGAGACCACCCUUUUCAUCUGUAUCAUGUUGACCUGUGCUGUGGCAACACAAAGUGUGCCUCCUACAAUACAAGGUCAGACUUCAACACUGCCUCAUCUGACUGGCUGCUUUUCUCGAGAGCUGAUGACUUUCCGUUGUCAGUGGGAGACUGGAUCCCUCCAGAACCACACGGAACAUGAGGAUCUGAGACUUUUCUACAUAUUAGAAAAGGAUUCUAAGAAAUGGAUGGAAUGUCCAAGUUACAGUUCCAUAAGGGAAAAUGAAUGCUACUUCAAUUCCAGUAACACCGUUAUAUGGUUCCCUUAUGUGGUCCAGCUGCGUUCACGCUCUCUUGACAUUGUUUAUGACGAAAUUUCCUUCAACGUGGAGGACAUUGUGUUUCCAGACCCGCCUGUAGGACUGAACUGGACUCUUCUGAGCAUGGGCUCAGCUGGCUUAAUCUAUGACGUUGUUGUGAGCUGGGAUCCACCCCCAUCUGCUGCAGAGAACGUGAAGACAGGAUGGAUCUCGCUGGUUUAUGAGACCCAGUACAGAGAAAAGGGUUCAGACCAGUGGAACUCACUGAAUAAUGGCAAAGAUACAGAGGCGUACAUCUAUGCUCUGCACAGUAACAUUGAAUACGAAGUCAGAGUCAGGUCAAAAAUGAGAGGCUACAACUUUGGUGUCUUCAGUGAAUCAAUCUUUAUACUCAUUCCUAACAAAGAAUCAAGAAUUCCUAUUACAGCUGUGUUGGUCUUUGCUGCCAUCAGUAUUAUGAUUAUUUUGAUGCUGGUUGUAGUUUCACGUCAACAAAAGUUAAUGGUGAUUUUCCUGCCGCCAGUCCCUGGACCAAAAAUCAAGGGAAUUGACCCUGUACUUUUACUGAAAGGUCAGCUGACUGAAUUCACCUCAAUCUUAGGCACUCACCCUAGCUUGCGGCCAGAACUGUACAGCAAUGAUUCAUGGGUAGAGUUCAUUGAGGUGGACUUCGACGAACCGCAUGAGAGCCAGGAGGAGCUUCUUAUUGCCGAUUCUCCGGUUUCUGAUUCUCCUCAAAUGUCCAGUAGUUUCAGGGAUGAUGACUCGGGUCGGGCUAGCUGCUGUGAUCCUGAUCUGUCUGAUCAUGAUCAAACGGAUCUACAUCAUCCUUCAACCAGCAGCCACGAUGGCUUCCACCUAUUGUCACGUGCACAGACUGGGCCACAGCAGCCUGCAGCCUUCUCUCCACAAGACACUACCUGGUCAAACAGUCUUUACUCACAGGUCAGUGACGUCAAUCAUCAUGGUGGAGUUGUACUUUCUCCUGAAGAGAAAGAAACGAUGGCUCUGAAGGAUAAAAACCACAAUAAUGAGAAAGAUAUCCAACAGUUGGUGGUGAUCCCUGAUGAACAAGGCUACACCUCAGAGUUUGUUGCCAGCACAAUCAGUGCCCACCACAAUAAACCAAACCCACCGACAGACCAAUUACAGAGUCAAGAACAACACGCUGCAUUCAGAGACCUUAAAAAUCUUAGCACUGAGACUGUUACGUCCACUCAGUCCACAGCAUUUCCCAUCCUUGCAAAGCCUACCAGUCCAGAGUACACCAUGGUAGAUGGCGUGGAUUGGAAAAACAGUCUCCUCCUGAAACCAAAUACACCAACGGCCCCACAGAAGGCGGCAGUGAAGACUUUGCCCACUCCUGAAGGGUACUUGACUCCUGACCUACUCGACAACAUAACACCUUAACUAAAAGUAGAGUAUGCUAUCUGACAUGGUUAGCCAACAUCGAUCAAGAUGCUUGAUCUAUGAGAAGGGAAUUUUGAAACAAAGCCAGUUCCCAAGCGAUCUUCAGUGGAAUAGAUAUCAUGAAACCACAGACUGUAAACAAAUCUAUUGGCAAGCUAAUAAAUGGCUGUAUUAAGCCAUGGAGUCUUUUCUGUAUUCUCCUAAUUUGGAGGGUUUACAGCUUCAGGGGUUCGUUUGAGCAAAUAUGGAGCAGAAGUGUAUUAGCUGGCUGUUUACUGUCAUAAAAAGAUAACAUCUGAUAUUUUACGCUUUCAUGUGUUAUAUAACAGCUAUAUUGCUGAAUUACCGCUCUGUAUUUUGUGAGUUUGUAUUGUUGUCAGUGCACUAACUACCAGCUACGUGUCGGUGUAAACUGUGAAGUGCCUACUUUAAUAUAUAUUUCAAAUUCAGUGUUAACAAAGUGCACGUUUAAAUCAAAGGGGUUUAUGUGAACUGUUACAGGUGUUUGUCCUGAGUGCCAUUUAUUUCUUCCAUAAAAGAAUGGACAGGCUUUUGUGCCUCAAUGUUGAAAAUAUGGUUAAUUUUGUUUUCAUGACAAGCUUUCUUAGCUUCAAAAGAGACACACACAUCUUAAAACUGGUUUACUGGACUGACAUUGGUCUUUAAGUGGUUUUGGGCCACUUAAACAGGAUUCCUGUUAAACACUGGCUAUGCCAGGCUGUAAAACCAUCUAAAACCAGUUAAAAACAUUUAAAAGAACAUAAUUUUUUUUUGUCUGAUGUCUACUAAUUGAUGUUUUAGCCUUGGAUCAGUAUUGUUUAUCAUUGCAAGAUGAAUGUUUUUAAAGCUAUAAUGUGACUAUAAUAUGUUAAGUACAUACGAGGUAUUUCUAAAUAAAUGGCAGCAAUGAACUCUGA